AUGGAUCCGUUGACGGCAUUAGACUUGAGUCACAACUGUCUUCAAGACGUGCCAAACAAUGUCUUCUCUCACGAGCGAACUCUUGAGGAGCUAUAUCUGGACGCCAACCAAAUCCGAGACUUACCACGAGCACUGUUUCAUUGCGAAGGUUUGCGUCGAUUAUAUCUGUCGGACAAUGAGUUGCAAUCGAUUCCGAGUGCCGUUUCUUCGCUCAUCAAAUUAGAAGAACUGAAUAUCAGUAAAAACAAUAUCCUUCAGAUCCCGGACACCAUCAAGUCAUGCAAGUGCCUCACUAUCGUCGACGCCUCCAUCAACCCAUUGGGGCCCAGACUUCCCGAUGGCUUCACUCAACUCAUCAAUCUUCAGGAACUCUAUCUCAACGACGCAUUCCUCGAGUUCUUGCCCGCAAACUUCGGCCGACUUCCCGAUGGCUUCACUCAACUCAUCAAUCUUCAGGAACUCUAUCUCAACGACGCAUUCCUCGAGUUCUUGCCCGCAAACUUCGGCCGUUUAUCGCGACUACAAAUCGUUGAGUUGCGUGAAAACCAUCUGAAAGCUCUGCCCAAAUCCAUGUCUCGUUUGGUAGACUUAAGACGUCUAGACAUCGGACAAAACGAUUUUCUCGAGUUUCCCGAAGUGAUCACGAGUUUGCAUAAAUUGUCUGAACUCUGGUGUGACUGCAAUCGCAUUAUUUCCAUACCAAAUACCAUCGGCGCCCUCACGGACUUGACUUAUUUGGACGCCAGUUAUAACAAGAUUGAAGAAAUCGCAGCACAAAUCUGUCAUUGCUUACAGUUAACAGACUUGACGUUCACAUCAAACAAUUUAAUACAAUUGCCCGAAAGUAUUGGAAGUUUAGUUAAUCUCAAAAUCUUAAGAGUAGACGAAAAUGAGAUUAAAACCCUCUCAUCAGCGAUCGGA